AUGAUGGCUCUGCGCACAUCUGCUGAGCACGCCGAGGAUGUCGCCGCUGGCUUCGCCAACUUCCGGGGUCCAGUCCCUGAGAUUUCCUCCGAGGUCAGAUUGCUUAUCGCCGACUUGUACGCCAUAAGCUCUCUGCUCUCAAUCCUGGAGGACUUGGGCAAGGAUUACCGCCUGCAGAUCAAUCUUGCCCGCAUCCAGCCCGAUCUGAGCAUGGUGCAAGCAAGUUUGAAAUACACGCUCGAGGAUAUUGUCAACUUCUUCGGUCGUCUCAGCGGCCCAGCGAUUGUACCGGAUACUUACAAGCACAUAUGGCUUUCGCUCAGUCGAUUCUUCUGGGAUGAAUCGAGAUAUACUCUCGCGACCCGCCUGGCCAAGUAUAAGGCAAUGCUUAGAGAGCUAAGCGAGAUGGCGAAAGAUAAAUAUUACAGCUCGCCGCUCCUCGAUGGCCUCCGCAAUGGCAUGAACACCCUCCUCUCCAUCCAGGACAGCCGACUCGCUUCUCAACUUGGGCGCAUGUCAAUGGGUGGUCGGCAUCCGUCCAGCAGCAGCACUGAGACGCAUAGUCCUGCCAAUGAUCAUAGACCCAAUCCUGGUCGCCGGCAAAGAUCAUUCGACCGUAAGCGCCCUUCUCAUGCAUCUCCUACAUCGCCGCUGUCGCCAUCUUCGGGCAAUUUCUCGGACUUUCCGCCUUCUGUUCCGGAUGUCCCUCUCUCGCCGCCAACUUCUACGACUGCAACCACUGCUACGAAUGGCACAAGUCGCUCCACGGCGUCUGACACUGUCAAAUACCACUGGGCAAAGGAUGUAUACGGAACUUGCGAUACGAAAACUCCUCUUCCAUCCGUAUCUGAGAUAUCUGGUUGCCGAGGAGAAGACCAUCCAGGCGUCAAACAAGCAAUCCGAGAAAAGGGCUUCGAAGAACUCCUAAAGCUAAAUGUCAAUGACGAUUCAGACAUGAGCGUAUCAUUCUGGCUGCGAGAAAAAGACAACAGAGCCCGAAUCAUGUGCAAAACCCCUCGCCGCGGUAGCAGACCAAGUGAAUACUUCUGUCUUCCUCUCAACUUGCUGGAGAUCUUGCGGGAGCGAUCUUGUCUGCGAUUGUGUAGACGGCGCAGAUCUGGAACUGAGCUUGUUCUGUGGACUUUGCUUAAGUUUACCACUAUGGAAGAUAUGGUCCUAUUUCAUAAUACAUUCAUCGCUCUCCGCUCCCAGGACCAAGGCCAUCCUCCGCGUCAAAUCCUAGACCACGAACUCCAAGACGAAGAUGAAAUCUUUGGAGGUCAAAUCAACGACGACGAAUACCCCCACGCCCUCCGCAUUUACCAAGACCUAGAAACCGGGGCCGUACGUCUUCAAUCAUCAAUAAUGGACGGCGACACGAGACAAACACCAGUGUGGACAGCUUUCAUAACAAAACACAUUGAAAAGCCACGCCUAUUUCACCAAUACGACGCAGCAACGAUCCACAUCCGCAAUCUGAAACCUGUUGUCUUUAUUUCGGCAGAGGACUACUCGCUCCCGAAAAACAGGCACGGAGAUCAUGUUUUGAAGUUUACAAGUGCGGCUGGUGUGAAAUGGUGUGGUCUAGAUGCCGAGGGAUUCCUUGAUAUCGUGCAUGAGCUUUAUAGAUCUUAUACCAAACGACGUUAA